AUGACGAAAGUACUUCUUACAGGAGGCUCAGGGUUCAUCGCUGCUCACAUCCUCGAUGUGCUCCUCAAUCAUGGACAUUCGGUUGUAACCACUGUUCGCUCUGAGGAGAAAGCCAGUAAGAUCCGUGAGGCAUAUCCCGAUACGCCAAAGUCAAAGCUUGACUUCGUUAUUGUCGAGGAUAUUGCCAAAGAAGGCGCUUUCGAUGAAGCCGUGAAGGUUGAGGGGUUGGAGGCAGUCCUUCACACUGCUAGUCCGUUUCAUUUCAAUGUGACCGAUACACAAAAGGAUCUCAUUGAUCCAGCUGUGAUCGGUACAACUGGCAUCUUAAAGGCCAUUAAAAAGAACGCACCCUCCGUGAAGAGAGUCGUCAUUACCUCAUCCUUCGCAUCUAUUCUCACUGCUUCAAAAGGACCGUCGUGGCCCGAACACACCUACUCAGAACUCGACUGGAACCCCGUGACCAUGGAAGAAGCAGUGCAGAACCCGGCGAACGGCUACCGCGCCUCCAAGACCUUCGCCGAAAGGGCCGCCUGGGAAUUCGUCAAGAACGAGAAACCGAACUUCGCCAUCUCCACCAUGUGUCCUCCCCUCGUCUUCGGCCCUAUCGUGCACUAUCUGAACAGUCUCGAUGCAUUGAACACCUCUAACCAGCGAGUCCGCAACUUCAUCACUGGGCAGGUUAAGAAGGAGAUUCCUGAUACAGGGACGUUCAUCUGGGUUGAUGUGCGAGAUCUUGCGCUGGCUCACGUGAAGGCAAUUGAGGUUCCUGAGGCGGCUGAUAAGCGGUUCUUCAUCACUGCUGGGUAUUUCAGCAAUAAGGAGGUUGUGGAGAUUAUCCGGAAGAACUUCCCGGAGUAUGAGGAGAAGCUGCCGGGGAAGGACGUCAAGGGCGGGGGUUACCCUGAAGGAGACCAGGCGGGGCUUUAUAAGUAUGAUAAUAGUCGGGUGAAGAAUGUGCUGGGCAUCGAGUUUACGCCGCUGGAGAAGAGUAUUGUGGAUCUAGUGAAGAGCUUAAAGGCUGUGGGUGCUUAG